AUGGCGACGGUUUCACCUCUCGCCAAAUACAAACUCGUUUUCUUAGGCGAUCAAUCGGUUGGUAAAACCAGCAUCAUCACCCGUUUCAUGUACGACAAAUUCGACACCACCUAUCAGGCUACUAUUGGCAUUGACUUUUUGUCGAAAACAAUGUACCUUGAAGAUAGAACUGUUCGUUUGCAGCUUUGGGAUACUGCAGGCCAGGAAAGAUUUAGAAGUCUUAUUCCAAGCUACAUAAGAGAUUCUUCUGUUGCAGUUAUUGUAUAUGAUGUAGCUAACAGGCAAUCAUUUCUGAACACUAACAAGUGGGUUGAGGAGGUGCGUCAAGAACGCGGCACUGAUGUUAUCAUUGUCUUGGUUGGAAACAAAACUGAUCUUGUCGAGAAAAGGCAAGUUUCUAUAGAGGAAGGAGAUACCAAGUCCAAAGAGUUUGGGAUAAUGUUUAUAGAAACAAGUGCAAAAGCAGGCUUCAAUAUCAAGCCUUUGUUUCGGAAGAUUGCCUCUGCCCUGCCAGGGAUGGAAACUCUUUCUUCUACAAAACAGGAAGACAUGGUUGACGUAAAUUUAAAACCCACUGUGAAUUCAUCCAAUACAGAGCAGCAGGGAGGAGGUUGUGCAUGUUAG